GGUAAAGGCGCGCGCUUGACCGAUUCAAACGGUGUGUCGUACCUGGAUACGAGAAAUAAUGUAGCUCACGUCGGACACUGCCAUCCUACUGUCGUCCAAGCCGUUCAAACGCAAGUCGCGAAGCUUAACACAAACUCACGCUAUUUACAUCCUAUUAUGACGGUUCUCGCGAGUCGGCUUGCCGAGCUUUUGCCGGAUCCGUUAGAAGUUGUUUUCUUUUGCAAUUCUGGAAGCGAAGCCAACGACUUGGCGCUACGUUUGGCCAAGGCCUACAGCUAUGGUCACAGCAACAACACGAUAGUUGUCGGUGGCGCAUAUCACGGUCAUACCCUAGGAACGUUGGAGAUUUCUCCUUAUAAGUAUGAGCACGGAACCGAAUUUGCGCUCCAAGAUUCGCCAGUCAAUCAGAUUCCAUGUCCCGAUACGUAUCGUGGUAGGCAUCGGAAUCCAGCUACUGCCGCGGACGACUACGCCGAGUAUGUUCAGGAAGCGUGUCAGUAUUUUAAGAGAAAAAACGAAAGCGUGCGGGCCUUCAUCAUCGAAGGCGGCAUGAGUGUGGCUGGUGUAAUCCUCCCACCGACGGGUUAUCUAUCUGCUUGUGUCAAGGCUGUGCGGGAGGCCGGUGGUAUAUACAUUGCCGAUGAAGUACAAACCGGCUUUGGCCGACUAGGGACGUCACUUUGGGCCUUUCAACAUCAGCAACACGACAAUCACGGACUCGAAACGGUCAUUCCGGAUAUUGUUACCGUGGGCAAACCCUUUGGUAACGGCAUGCCCUUAGCAGCUUUAAUUACCAGUCGGAAAGUGGCGGAUGCAUUUGACGCAUGCGGAGUUGAGUACUUUAAUACUUUUGGAGGCAAUCCGGUUUGCGCCGCUGCUGGUAUGGCCGUGCUGGAUGUAAUGGACUCUGAGCAAUUGCAAGCGCAUGCUUUAAAUGUGGGUUUUUACCUACGUGAAGGACUCGUCAAGUUACGAGAACGGAUACAUCUGAUUGGGGACAUUCGCGGGUCGGGUUUGUUCAUAGGCGUGGAGCUAGUGUUGGAUCAAGCGACGCUGGAACCAGCAACCCUGCAAACUUCGUUUGUGUGCUCCGUUCUAAAAACCAAAUACCACAUUCUGACCAGCAUAGAUGGCCCACACAACAACGUUUUGGUGAUCAAGCCUCCUCUUUGUUUUAGCGAGCAAGAUGCAGAUUUCCUUUUGGAGUCGCUUGCCCAGGCCGCCACUGUGGACCUUGCUUCGGGGAGUGACUCCAAUGCCUUAAGGAAACAAACUCCAACUUAG